UUAAAAAAUAUACAAUUAGUGUAAAUUUUUGAUAAAUACGAAUGUGUAGUGUAAUUAAAUAUAUAUUAAUUAAAAAAUAUGUGAAAAGUGGGUUAAACAUAGUGAAAUAACGAGCAUUGUUUUUACAAAUUUUUGAACUUUAAAGUGAAAUAUCUCGGAAACUAUGCGUCUGAGGACGGUAUAUGUGUGUACAUUUUUUAAUGCUGAGGACCUCUUCUAUCCAUCCGUACCAUCAAAUCGCGGCGCCGGAAAAAUCGUAAUAUUGCCAAGGUUUAUUCAAGAGUACCACCCUAAUAUUAGCCGCUGUACGUGGCCGUCAACAGCUGUCGUCAUAUAAAGCUGUCAAUAUAGAACAAAAAGCAAUAUAAAAAAUAUAUGACAUUAGAAGCAUUUUCGCUGCUAAAUUCUUAAAAAAAUAAAUGUUUGGAAUAAAAAAUCAGUGAUUACAACUUGAAAAUUUCAAGUAGUUGAAGUUGAAAAACAUUGUUAAGGUUUGCAAAAAAUCUAGUAUCAAUUUAAACGAUGGGUUUAUGCAAAUGUCCAAAACGGCAAGUGACGAAUCAAUUUUGUUUUGAACACCGAGUUAAUGUAUGUGAAAAUUGCAUGGUGCAAAACCAUUCCAAGUGUAUUGUUCAAUCAUAUCUUCAAUGGCUUCGCGACAGCGAUUACGUCUCCAAUUGUACUCUAUGCUCUUCAACACUUGAACAGGGUGAAUGUGUACGCUUAUCUAUGUACUUUAAUUUGGUUGCAGACGUUUUUCAUUGGGAUUGCUUGAAUGCAAGGCAGUCAUCAUUGCCUAGUAAUACAGCGCCACGUGGUCACCAGUGUCCAAUUUGUGAUACAGAGAUAUUUCCGAAUUUCAAUUUGGUAUCACCCGUAGGGGAUGCGUUAAAAGCAUAUUUGUCACAAGUAAAUUGGGGACGAAAUGGACUGGGCCUUUCUCUUUUGCCUAAAGAUAAGUCAGUCGAAUCGAGUGCGAAUUUUAAAAGUCAAGGUGUGGAGCGUUUAAAGGAUAAUGGACUAUUUUCCGAGCAAAUUAUGCGUCAUGAGAAUCCCCAUUCUGUUCUGUUAAUGGACGCAUUUAGUUUACCAGUUGAAAAAAAUGUUCUUGCUAGUAGCAGACGUCCUUUACUGCCCCGUCAGUCGCCCAUUGGUGGCACUGAUCGCGAUGAAAACAAAUAUAAACGGCGCACGCCUUCAGAAAUAUUUUCACGUUGGUCACGUCGUUUCUAUGCGCCCUCUUCUCGUCCACCCUGGCGUCGUACUUGGUUUCUGAUAAUAAGUGGUGUAUUAGCAUUUGUAGUAGUCAUAUAUUUGAUGGCACUUUUUGGACGUGGCAGUGAUAAUGAAUCUAUCCAUGAUAGUUGGAAUGACCCAAAUCCGAAACCAGAUCUUCAUUAUGAAUAAAAUUAAAAUGUGAAUGUAAUCUGAUAAUUAGUUACGAUAUAUAUUAUUUGUGCAAUUGUAUAAUUUUAGAUUACUAUGUAUUGGAUUUCGAUACCAUUUAUAACUCUUUAUUUACUAAACUUUGGUAAAGUUAAAAUAAAUUGUAAUCAUUUUUUAUAAUCAAACUUAUUUGAGAAAUCUUCUGUAACGGAAAAUGCAAAAAAAAAAGAUGCAUAUGUAUCCAUUAAAUAAAAUGAAAAGAAAUACAUA